AUGGCGGAAGCUCUACCGCCAAAAACUAAAUCGGACUAUAGUUCCGUGGAUGAUUUAUCAAUUCCAGUUUCACGGAAAUCAAGCGUAAGUGAUUCAGAUUUGACGUUGCGUGAACGCUCCAACAGUGACUCUACGUUGAAUUUAACGAGUGAACAGUCCUGGUCCAUUCUUACCGUGGACCGAACACGGUUUAUUUUAGGAAAAGAUAAAUAUAUUACAGUCUCGUGGGAUGUCCGAGAGGAUAUAGGAGCGAAAGAUUGGAUUGGUCUCUUUCCAAAAGGUGAAACAGUGUCGACAAAGUUUCUGGAUAGUAAAAAUCGUGGUGUUAAUGGCGGACAUACCGGGCAGAUACAGUGGGAUCUAGAUUCUAUCAGUCAUAAUUUUAUAGAGGCUGAGAUAGAGUUAUGUUUUAAAUAUUAUCAAGGAAAUACAGGGAAUGUUUUAGCUGUGUCACCAGUAAUAACUAUUGUUAAUCUACAUCCUGGUAGACGGGUAAGAUUAUCUUUUAUUAACUCAAAUCAACCCCCCAAAAUGGCAUCUGUCCCUUUAAUUUAUUAUUUUGUUAUUUUAGAUUUACAAGCGUGUAAUUUGAAAAAAGGGAUGUUUUUUAACCCGGACCCGUACGUUAAAAUACAGUGUUUACCCGGACGGCUAGAACUACAAAAACCACAUCAUCUUAAAGACGUUCGUUCGAAAACCAAAUCAAAUACCACAAACCCUCAUUGGGAUGGUGAGGUUUUCACCAUUGAUGCUAAAUUAAGCGAUAUUAUAGAUCUAGAAAUUAAGGAUAAAUUUUCUAAAAGUCGACCCACGAUUAGUAGAUUUUUGGGGAAGUCUUCCAUCAUCGUUCAACGGAUUAUGGAUAAAGUUUCCCAAGCGCAAAGGUAA